AUGCGUGCUCAAGCCACCCAAAACACCACUCCCCCUGGUGCUGGCCAGGGAUCCAAUGGUCCCACAACUCAGUACCACCAUGAUUCUCGCACACCUUACGGACCUAGCUAUUCGCAAGGUGCAAGCAACCAAAGUCAUGAUGGCAAUAUCAUAACCCCACAAAUCUUCUCAAGCAUGAACGUUCAGAAUCAGCGUGCCAAGUUCACCUCAAAGGGCACAGCAUCCGUUCCUGUGAACAUGAACGCUAAUUUGGACUGGCCAGCUGCCAACGGCGCUUCUUAUAGCAGUCCGUUCGUCCUGCUACCAAAUUCCACCAUCAUAAAUGGCUUGCCGCAGGUUUCAUCUUUUGUUCCCAACUCGGCCCCAACUCAGCCAGAUCAGCUUGCUCAGUUCCCUUAUGUCUCGACGGGCAUCUACCCAGGUCUGAGUCCAAUUCUGCCAGGAACCUAUCCGUGGCCAUACGUGAUGAACUACGACUUGUCGGGCACGUCCAAUGCCAAAUCAACCCUAUGGAACACCCCUGAUAGUCAGAAGGGAGUGCAGUCUGAGAAUGCUACACCCAUGCAGUAUUUCCCAACGACUUUUAUUCCUAACAUGGACAGUCCCGCUCUUCCCGGAUACUCUUACGGGAAUUUGUACCCACAACUUGGACCCCUCUCAUUCCCGCUGCAGAUAAUGAAAACUGCAAAUGGAUACGUUGCUCAGGAUAUGGAGGCUCUGACCCAGCAGGAUCCCGCCAUUCCUCGCGCAGUGCCUGCCAUGUGGACCAACCCGUCCGAGCUGACUCUCGCCAAGUGCCUCGAGAACCGUGAGGGUAUCACCAACGUCUACAUCAGGGGUUUCCUUCCUGAGACGACCGAUGAGAUGCUACAUGCCUACGCCGCUCGAUUUGGAGACAUUGAGCGUUGCAAGGCUAUUGUUGACCUUGACACGGGUCUUUGCAAGGGUUUUGGAUUCGUCCAGUUCUACGAAUUCUCAUCUUGUGAAAACUGUAUUCGUGGGUUUUACUAUCUCGGUUACCAGGCCAGCUUUGCCCAGAAGUCUCGCAAUUCUCGUCUCAAGGAUCUGGAGGACAGGGCAUCCACCAAUAUAUAUUGUACCAACAUUCCGAUCGAUUGGACAGAGGCUGAUCUUCGGCGCCACUUCGAGCCUUACCGUGUCGUGUCGGAGAAAAUCAGCCGCGAUGAGAAAACGGGUGUGAGCAAGGAAGUGGGCUUCGCGCGCUUCGAAACUCGGGAGAUUGCCGAAAGAGUAUUGGGCGAAUUUCACAAUAUGACCGUCAAAGAGGACGAUGUAAAGCUGCUUUUGCGCUUCGCGGACACCAAGGCCCAGAAGUUGCUGAAGCAACAGAGCAAUGAGCGUCGCGCCUAUCGUGCUGGAGAGUACAACUAUUCCGUGGAAGUUGUCCAUGGGUCGGUUCAGGGAUCGACUCCGUCGCCUACUGUCCAGCGUCUUCAGCAGACUAGUGCUCAUAUCACGCCCAACUCUCAGCAGAGCGUCAACAUUUCUCCUGGUGGGAUGGGCUCAAUGAACUCCAACUGGACUCCUGCUUCCUCAAUUUCACCCACCUAUGCCUUGAUGAAAAAGCCUGGAAGCGGCGUGCGGCAAAAUUCCUUCUCUCGAAGCCUCAAUGCACUAGAGAACACCCCCGUUUACCACCGGCGCGGCUUCCUGAACCGGCGCUCUUUGACCGAUAUCUCCAGCUCAUCGAAGACAGCUCGGCCCGAGUCUCCCAAUCUCGAACCUCGUUCGUAUAUGUCAAGCCCGCGGAAGGAGAACAUCAAGACUGGCUCGAUGUCUCCUAUUCCAUCCCGAAUGGAGAUCGUCAUCUCGACUCCCCGAUCCUGCACUUGA